CUCCUUUCUGAGCUUGGCAUUUUCAGCAGCCCCGGGCCAUGUGCCAGUCCAGAGCAGGCAGAACCCUGUUGUGCUGAUAACCCAAUUUCCCAACCCAAACGGUACCACCGGGCCCUAAGAAAGCAGAUUCCACCUCAAAAACACAGCUUUGGGACAGCCAGAGGAGGAGCUACGUUUACUGACUGCCCUGCCAAAUAGGUUUGGUUUUCCAGUGGAUGCCCGGAGGAGACAUGGCCAGGCCGCUGCUGGGCGGGGGGCGCGCGGAGGGCGGCCCCGCGCCGGCCGGCCGGGCCGUGGGCGUGCUGGGCAGCGGCGACUUCGCGCGCUCGCUGGCCGUGCGCCUCGUCUGCUCCGGCUUCAGGGUGCUGGUGGGCAGCCGCAACCCCAAGCGCAAGGCCGGGCUCUUCCCCGCCGCGGCCGAGGUCACCUGCCGGGCGGAGGCCGUGAAGAGGGCGGAUGUCGUCUUUGUGGCCGUCUUCAGGGAGCACUACUCCACCCUCUGCGACCUGGCUGACGUGCUGGUGGGCAAGAUCCUGGUGGACGUCAGUAACAACACCGAGAUCAACCAUCACAAGGAGUCCAACGCGGAGUACUUGGCCUCCCUGUUCCCAGCCUGCACCGUGGUGAAGGCCUUUAAUGUGGUUUCUGCGUGGACGCUGCAGUCGGGUGCCAGGGAUGGAAAUAAGCAGGUUCUGAUCUGCUCAAAUAGCCAAGAAGCCAAGCGCACCGUAGCAGAAAUUGCCCAGGCCAUGGGCUUCACCCCUGUGGACAUGGGCUGCAUGGCAUCAGCCCGUGAGAUCGAGAACAUUCCCCUGCGCCUCCUGCCAGCCUGGAAAAUCCCCAUCUUCUUGGCUCUGGGGCUUUUUCUUUGCUUCUUCACCUACAACCUGAUCCGGCAGGUCAUCCACCCGUACAUCAGGGAGCAGAAGAACAAGCUGUACAAGAUCCCCAUCGAGGUGGUGAACACCACGCUGCCCUGCGUGUCCUACAUCAUGCUGUCUCUGGUCUACCUGCCCGGGGUGCUGGCAGCCUGCUCCCAGCUCUACUACGGCACCAAGUACCGGCGCUUCCCAGACUGGCUGGACCAGUGGCUGCAGCACAGGAAGCAGAUGGGUCUGCUGAGCUUCUUCUGUGCAGCCCUGCACGCUGUGUACAGCCUGUGCCUGCCCCUGCGCCGCUCCCACCGCUACCUGCUGAUCGAGACGGCCGUCAAGCAGGCUGUGGAGAAGAAGAUGACAAUCUGGGUAGAGGAGGAAGUCUGGAGGAUGGAGAUUUAUAUCUCUGUUGGAAUAAUUGCCCUGGGCUUGCUGUCGUUACUUGCCAUCACUUCACUUCCAUCCAUCGCAAACUCUCUCAACUGGAGGGAAUUCAGUUUCAUUCAGUCCUCCCUUGGAUUUGUUGCCUUGGUGAUCAGCACUCUGCACACACUCACGUACGGCUGGUCGAGAGCCUUCGACGAGAGUCAGUACAAAUUCUACCUGCCCCCAACCUACACCCUCACACUGCUUGUCCCAUGCACUGUCAUCAUAGCCAAAGUCAUCUUCAGUUUGCCCUGCAUCCAGCACAGACUUCUGCGGAUCAGGAGGGGCUGGGAGAAGGGCAGAUACGUCAAAUUUGUUCUGCCCAGCGCGACGGGGGAAUUUUCCAGCGGGGAGACCUCCAGUAAUGUCUGACAGCCCCAGCUUUGAGGAUUGCAAAGCACUAUCAACGUUUCUAUAAAGGUGUUUCUUUUUCUUAAAUAUAUGUAUGUUUUGGUAUAAUGGUAUUGUGGAUAAAAAAAAAAAUAAAAUUUGGUGACUUUAGAAAAUGGAUGGCCAUCAAACUAGGUUAGACAGUAGAGGUUAAAUUAUAUUGCUGAUUUGCUAGGACAAUUAUUGCCUUAAAAAUGACUGUGAGAGCCAAGCUAGCAGCACUAACAUACACAGGAAACUGAUGGACUGUUAGUCAGAUCAGUCACUUGAUGUGCUGGCUGGCAGCUCCCCAAACCAGUACUUCUGGGUUGCUUUCCUAGCUGCUCUCAUAAAUUUCAAUGCCUUUCUUUUUAAUACAAGGUUGCACAGAUUUUCUGGGGUUUAUGACUGCAAAGAUACCCUGCCUCUUGAGUGUAUGGAUCAAUCAAGGCAGUGAGGUUUACAAAGAUCAAUUGCCUCUGGUUUUGUUCUCUUCAAUGAACUCUGCGGACAAGUCAGAACAGCUAUAUUUAUGUUAUUGUGACAGCAGAUGUUACUAAAAAUCAUCAAAUCUGACAGCAAGCCCAGUAUCCCUGUUCUCUCAAACACAGACAGCACUUCUGGUCCUGGAAGCAGUGCCUGAUGCAUGUUUAUAAGUUGAGGAAAUAAAGCACCUUUACCAGCAGUAUAAAAGCAUUUGAGAGAGAGACAUCCCCAAUACCAGACGUCUGGUCUGCACUGCUGGCUCUGAGAUGACAGCUACUGCUGCAUGUUCUCUGUUACACUGAGCCAAAGUUUCAAGCAGUAUUUGAUUGAAAUAGAGCGAGGAUAAUUACUGGAAAGGCCUGCUGCUUCACAAAAUUACAUGGAGAAAACCAAGGCCUCCCAACUGGCUUUACAUCAAAUAAUAGGGUGAAGCUUUUAGAAAUCGCUGUCACCUGAACAUUCCCAUUUAAGCAAACAAAACAGCAGCUCUAAACCCACUGGUUUCACUAGCAAUAAGAAGAUCUUUGAACAGUCCUGCAAAGGAAUCAUCAAAUCUUGACCACAACGUGAAAACAUGGUAGUUGUAUAUUUUAGGCACAAUCCUUCAUUGCCCUAAACCUUAAAAAGACACUUGUUAGACCACAGAGCAGGUAUGAAAUACUCUUCUGACUUCAUACCCACUGUGGACAAGGCAAAGAAGAUUUCUGUCCUCAUUUCAUGCUUCACCUGUCACUUUCUAUGAAGUUCUUACUCUUUAUCAGAAUAACUCUAGGUUUUGGACAUCCAAAUCACCCAACAGUGAAUGGACAGCCAUUCACUAAAGGUCAUUUAAAGCAAGCAAUGGGGGUGACACAAGAAGACUACCUCAGUAAGGACAGGCACAAGGACAUUCCUGGAACAGCCUCAUUUUCCUGCAGUUAAGGAAAAGACACUCAGUGUUCAGUAUUGCUUUGAGAAACAAGAGCUGUCAGCAGCAAAUGAGGUACAGCUUGAGGGACAAGGAAAGACUUGUUAAUAUAAAGGGCAGGGGGAAUUAUCAGCUUUGGGGUACAUAAGCCCUUCUACAAGCCAACAUUGCUCCCAUAACCUGGAAGAGUUCUACACAGACAGAGACUCAUAACAAUUCCCUGUUUAGUCUCAAGUAACUACAGUGAGUAAUAUUCUCCAAAUAUUACUCAUGUGGCCAGUGAUGAUACUGAGUGUUAGUUCUUGCAUAACACUUACAGUAAAGUCUCCAAAUGCUGCUUCUUUUUGCUGAAUAAUAAACUGGCUUAGGGGAAAGCCUAGAUUUCAUAGUCAGGUGAUUUUCUUGUUGCUGUUUUGAUGGGGUUUGGACAACAUGGUGAAGGUGCCAUUCUUUACCACUGUCCAAGCUGACUUUAUUAGGUUUCCCCAUCCACCUCCAGAACUUAGCCCAGAUUGGCACCUGACCAAAUCACUCUCCAAGAAGACUGAUGACCCAAAGCUAUCUAUUUCAUGGAUUUGAGACAGUUUCACCUGAAUAUAAUUCCACCCACUCCAGUUUAACUCAUCCUUGAGGGAAGACUGGAUUCAGCAAGCCUGGUUUUUUAGUGGUCUUUGCCAUUUCAUCAUCAAGCAAAGGCAACAAAAAAGUUUACACACUUUAUAGCAUAUUUCAAUGCCUUUUUUUCCCAUGUAGGUAUCUUUUCACAUCUUUAGGUCAGGCAACACUACUGUCUGGCAGACAAAAAAGAUUAGGAGGCAAGGAAAGAGCAUUACACAGGCUCCCCUUGUCUUCAAGGGGAAAAGAAUAGUUUAUUUUGAGUCACUGCAAGGUCAAAGACACCUUUCUCCCCAGCAGAAGGUUUGUACCCUUGCUUUGUUUACAUGACUUUCAUGCCUGCAAACCCUUUCCCAUGGCAAAGGGACAGUUUCCAUGAGCAGAAGGGGAGUCAGUGAGUCAGCAUGGUGCUUUUCAGAUGGACACAAGCCCAAAGGGACAGACAAGCCAGCUCAAAAUCCCCACAGCUACUGCAGCUCUGCAGCAUCUAAAAAAAAGCUGGUCAGCUGUCUCCAGGUAAUGCCUGUGCCAACAGGCUGGCCAGACACCCAUCAUCCCCUUUGAAAACCAAAACAAAUUCUUUUAAAUGCAGAACAGCAUUGCACAUGAUGCCCUCUGUAUUCAUCUGGUCCUUAAAACAUGUGACACAGCAGUUUGAGUCAUUUCUUCUGAUUCUGGAAUGCUGAAAAUGAAACUAAGGAAUUUUUUAAUUAUCUUUUCUCUAAGCAUUUUUGAUGUGCAUAGGAUAUUCAGUGAGAUUUGCUUAAAAUUUACCAUUUACCUGGUUUUGUACUUGAAGUUUUUCUCUCUGUAUAUAUGUAUACAUACACACACACACACACAAAUAUAUAUAUAUCUUAUUGCAGAAUAUAUAGCUUGAAUGUAAAAAUCUUUGUAUUUUUAUUUUCUGUACUGCCUAUGUGCCUCUGGGAUAUGUAAAAACCAAAUGAAAAGCUGUAAGAGUAAGGCCAGUUUUAAUCACUGGCCUCUGUAGUUAUAUAAAGAUAUUCUGAACAGGUCUACAUAAUUAUA